AGUCUAGAUUUUGUCACAGGAGAGUGCAUUUAGGGCGCGAAACGAUAGUGCGUGUAACAGGUGGUAUGAAGGUAAAAGCCGAUCGUGAUGAAGCUUCCCCAUACGCUGCUAUGCUAGCGGCUCAAGAUGUUGCUGAACGCUGUAAGGCGGUGAGUUUUUGUUUAUUUUGCAAUCUACUGUCUUCUCAUCACAUUUUGUCAAUUAAUGCGCUGCAUAUCAAACUGCGUGCAACAGGAGGGACGAAAACAAAAACUCCGGGACCGGGAGCGCAGUCGGCACUUCGAGCAUUGGCU